AUGAUCGCCGGGGGCCCAGCGAGAGCAGAGGGCAUGAGUUGCGGAGAGAGCCUGCGAGUGUUCGCAGCUCAAAUCGCGGGUGUCCAGGCAACAGCAGAAGGCAAAAGAAAAGGGCAGCGCGGUGGGCGCAGGCAUGGUCGCGUUCGUUCCAUGCGUAGUGCCCGCCGUUGUCUGAACGGUCGUCAACACCAUGGCCUGUGCAGCUGUUUGGACGAAGACGCGCGCAAGGGGAGGAAGCAGCGCUGGGCAGCGUCGACGGCGAACCGUCGGAUGGAAGAUGGCGGGCACUUGCCAUUGAUGCAGGCGAUGAGCAGGACUCCAGGUGGUGCUCUGCGAUCGCGGGCUGCGGCAGCGAUUGGCAUCGGAGUUGGGCUGGGCUUGCUGGCGGAUGACGCCGCCUUUGUCAAGGGCGUCGGCAGACGCAGCCACAGCGUCCGCGCAGGGCAGCGAUUUCUGCGAGGGCAACGCGGCUGGCCAAAGGCUUGGACGAGCCGUGGUUCUGUAGAACGCGUGGGCUUGAUGGCGUGUGCGGGCGACGGCGACCUGGGGCAGAUGGAGCAGUGUUUGGCUGCGCUGCUGGCUGUUUACGGUGGCACAAGCCGGCGUCCGAGUAAAGGUGAAACCGUCAGUGGCCCCGCUGCGACGCGCACACCUGGGCCGACGAGACGCGGGCGCUGCAGAGGCAUGCAGCAGGCUCGGCGUCGUGGGCACGGCGCACUGCGCGAGAGACGGGCCAGCGUGCUUGGGCACAGCGCGACGUCGGCGUCGUGGGCGCUGCUGGUCCAUGGUAGGCGGCGGGCGAGGGUUCUGACAAGCUGCCGGAAGGCUCCACUCUGGCCGCCUGCACCUGCACCGCACCUGACUUGCCUUGACGCGGCGGGCGCAACCGUCGUCGUGCUCGCGCCUGCCGCAGAGCCCAGGCCGUGCAGCGCGGCCGGCUCGCGCAGGAGAGACGCCGCCAUCGCUGGCUCCGCAAAAGCGACGCACUGCGACCAGCACUGCGCUCGCCGCGAAGACUCCAGGAGCCGAAACGCAAACGCCCGUCCUGAGGCUUCUCCCGCCGUUUUGGGCCUGCACUCUGCGCCAUACCGCCCUCUCCGCCUGAGAGAUCGGCACCGACCAUUCGCUCGCACCCUGGAGCCCUCGCCGUCGCACCCACGCCUCACGCCUCACUCACCUCACCCUUCCCACGCGGAUGCUGCGGGCACAGUAGCCGCCGACCUGUUCAGAGCGUUGCUCUCGCCGUCGCCCGCCGCUCACGACGAGCUCGUCACUCUUCGCCGCCAUCCUCACCCACGCCUGAGACGGCGCUUCCGCUACCCUCUCGCUAAUCUUCGCUUCGCAGCCCGACUGCCUCGACUGCACACAGCCUCUGCAUGCCCGCAGAGUGCUACGACGCCAAACGCGGCCUCUUGCUGCACGAUGAACAACCCAAACUUCCCCAACAUGAUGCAGGCGAGCCAGGCCAACCGCCAGCAGAACAUACAGCAGGUCUUGCUCAAGCACUACCGCCAGGCGCAAGAGAAAGCGCCGCCCGGUUGGCAGCAACAGAUCACUCCCGAGGAACGUGGAGGCCUCGCCCUGCAGUUCUUCACAUCGUACCGACUGCUUAAACCCGAGACCCACGAGAACGAUGUGCUGCGCCAGUCGUUGCAGUUUGAGACUGCGGCCUUCAUGCAGUCGCAAACAAAAGAACAGUACAACACCACCCUGCGACAAAAGCUCUUCACCAUGCAGAGCCUCCGCCAGCAGCAGCUACAGGGCUUGAACCCAAGCAACAACAACCCCAUGAGUCAGAUGAACCAGAUGAACCAGAUGAAUGCUGCGCAGAUGGGCAUGAUGGGCCAGGCAAACCCUCAGAACCCCGGCCAGAACACCUCACAGCAGGUCGGACAAGGGUUCCCGAACCCGCAGCUCCGUCAGCAGAUGCAAGCGUCUACCAUUCCAAUGUCGCAGAGCCAGUCUCAGAUGGGUGCGCAGGGUGGAAACAUGGGCAACCCCACACAAGCGCCUAACAACCCUCAGCAAAAUAUGCAGCAAGGCCAGCAGGCACCGCAACAACAGAACAUCAUCAUAGGGCGCCUAACUCAGCGUUUGAUGGACCAAGCACGGCCCGAGAUCCGAGAGCAGUUUCAGAAUGAAGUCAACAAUUGGCCUGCAGACAAGAAGCAGCAACUUCUAAACCGAGGCAUCAACCCUCUCCUGUUCAGAUUCAGACAGCAAGCCGAGAACAUGCUGAAGAACGGCAAGAUCUCCCGCGACCUGCUGCUGGCUCUACAGAACCAGGGUCAGCCCAAUCAGAUGCAGCAAGGGCAAAUGCAGAACCAGCAGAUGAACGCGGGACAGCGCCAGCCCGGUCAGCAGUUCGACUUCAACGCCCUGGCAAAUCAACAAAGCGAAGCAAUGCGCGUGCAGGAUCAAGGGCAACAAGUUGUUCCGGCCAGCAACAACAACAGCAACGUCGCCGCGCAGAUGGGCAACUUCCCACCUGGCCAGCCACAGAAUGCUGCCAUGGCCUCUCGCCAAGCUGCGCAAGCAGCCGCCUUCCAGAAUGCCAACGCCAACAUGAACAUGCAACGACAGGCUGCUCAGGCCCAGGCCGAUGCGCGGGUUCGACAGCAGAUGCAGCAGCAAAGCCUGCAGCAGCAGAUGGGCACUCCUAAUCUCCACGGCCAGCCAGGGGGCCUUAACCGUCCGCUAGGUACUCCUAACCCCAACGCAAUGUCGAUGCUGAACCGUCCUAUGGUGCCGCCCGGCCAGCCAAACCCUUCUACGCCUCAACAGCGUCCUCAGGCUCACGUCCCUCAGAUGACACCGCAAGCUCAAGCCCAGGUUGAUCCAUCGCAGAUUACUCAGCUAAUGCGAGAGGCUCAGCAGCGAGCUCAGCAGGCUGCUGGCGUGCAAGGUCAGCCUCUGACUGAGCAGAGCCGGAUGCAAUUGAUUCCUGCCGAACUGGACCCUAUGGUGAAGCAACAAUUGCUGAAGGUGCCGGAGCCACAGUUCCGCCACAUUUUGGGACAGUACAUGGCAAGUGCCCGGCAACGAAGCAUGAUGAACGGAGCAUUCCCUGGAGGUCAGCCUCCGAACGGUCAGCCUAACCUGAUGAUGAACCCCGGACAGAAUAUGCCGAUGGGAGGCAUGGCGAAUGGCCUCAUGAACGCACAGAACAUAGCCAACAUGCGUCCCGGGGGCUUAGGACAACCCAUGCCAGGCGCUAUGGGUGGACAACAGAUGCCCAUAGGUCAACGUCCUGGACAACUCCCACACCAAGCCCGCCUCCUCCAUGCUCAGCAGACGCUGCAACAAAACCCAGGGAUCAUUUCUAUGACUGACAACCGAAUCUUCCCGCCCAGUGCUCUUAAUGCUCAGAUUCGGCAGAUACUACCUCCCGACGUCAAGACAUGGGCUCAGCUUAAGAAUUGGACACAGCAAAAUCCGAAUCUUACUCCUGGUGUUGAUAGUCAGAAGCUGUUGCUGCUCCAGGUUCUGCACUUCCAGGACUUGAUGAAACAAUCACAGCAAGGUGGCAUGCCUGGACAGCGUCCGCAGCAGCCCCCGAACGGCAUGGGACCCAUCGCGCCUCCCGCUCAGAUGACGCCUGGCGCUGUUCCUAACCGGACACCACAGCAGCAACCGAACAUGCCCAACCUCGGCCCUGUCCAGGUCACUCCGCAGGAAAUGCAAGCAUGGCGACAGCGACUACCACCACAGCAAGCCAACGCUACCGAUGACCAGCUUCGCAACUUCAUCAUGCAACAAAAAUUGAAUGCACGGAGGCAGCAGCAAGCGUCAAUGCUCACUCUGCAGCAAACCCAACAACGGAAUCAGGGUCAGCCCCAGGCGCCGAUGGUCGGACAGGGGGCACAGGCAACGCGACCGCCCUCGGUGCAAGCCCAAGCAGGGCAAGCGGCACCGCCCGCGAAACCAGCAGGCCAACCAGCUCAGCCGACGCUGCCAAAUACUCAGGGCAAUAUGAACAAGGGCAUUAAACGACCUAACGAAGAUGGUGCUGAUGCUGGCACUGGAGCCCAGCCUGCUAAUGCGGCACCGCAAGCGCCAGCCAUGGUUCCCUCCGGUUCACAACAAGGGGCAGGCUUGACCCAGGAGCAGAUGUCGAAGAUGGACGUGAGGCAACAGGCGCAAAUGCGUGCCAACCUCAUGAAAGCCCAGGAUGCUUCGAACAAGCAGGCACAACCACCGCGUCUGCCGAGCCAAGAAGAGCUUGCUGCUAAGCUCAGAGAGCCUGACAGGGAGAGGAAGUUCAAGAUGAUGAUUCAGCAGGAAGAGAGUAAACUCCCAAAGGCACAGGUGCAGCCCAUAUCCCCCGAUGUACGAGCCACCCUACAGCAAACCAUCAAGGAGAAGCUGCCCCACAUCAAGAAGGUGGAGCAGGCCUUGCGCAUUUUCCUUAUUUCGUACGAAUCGCCCGAGUCUGAGAACCUUGCACGGACUGUGAUCAAGGCCCGGAUACUGCUCUUGAGGCAGUUGAACCCAGGAGAUGGGACACUACAUCCUGAAUUGACCUUGACUGAAUCGGAAUUCCACAUGAACAUCCGCCACAUUCUCUCCUUCGUGGGUAAAGUCAUGUCCAGAAUGGCAAGUCAGCAGGCCCAAGCCAAACCUGGGCAGCCAAACCAGCAGCAGCCUCAACCGCCUGCACCGCAGCUUAACGCGGCCAACCUCAAGAUCGUGGAGCAGCAGCAGCGCCAGCAGAAAGCUCCCCCAGCACCGACAGCGAGUCAGCCGCCCUUCCAGCUUGGUGGUGCUUCACCUUCAGGUGCUCCCAAGUACUUCGAGGGCGCGAAGCAACUCACACACUUGUCCUUGCCCGAGAAGAAGAGACAGAAGAUGGAUCCCAACAGCCAGACAUCAACUCCUGCGUCGAAACAGUCACCACGCAUCAGCUCUAGCAAAGGCAACUCUCCCGAGAUCAAACGACAGGCGCCGCCCGCCACCCAGAAACCGACGUUCAGGUGCAGAUUCUCAGAAUGUGAUUACGCUGUGCGUGGAUUUGACACGCAAGCCGAGUUGGACACACACGUCAGCCACAUCCAUUCCAAGAUCGACGAUGCCGUUCAGUUCGCUUUGGACGCCAUGGCGGAGUAUGUCGACGUCGACCCGAAGACUGGUCAGCCCAAGCAGGAUCCCGCUGCAGCUGCGCGUAACAGCAAGCCGGCAUCUACCGCGCCCCGCGGUCCUCCGCAACCCAUCAAAGCCGGACACACUCCCGGCAUGCCGCCAUCAGCUGCUACUCCAAUUGGCCAGGCUGCUGCUACACCCAUGGCUCGGGUUCCAACGCAGACAGGUAUCAAAGGUUCACCUUCGACUAACCUUCUCAAGACGCCUCAAACUUCCAUCAAAGUGGCGACACCAAGCACCGGCGCUCCUGGCAAACCAACACCAGCCAGCAACAAGGCUCCACACAAGGAGUCCGAAGCGCAGCCCAAAGUCGAAGUCGAAACGGAGGAGGAAGUGCCGCCGCUCGUCCCCGUCUCGCUGUUCGAUUUCUCGUACGACGACAUCUACGCUGUCCUGGAUACGAACGGGCCGCUUACUACAUUGGACGUGAAGGACGAGGAUAAUUCGUGGGCGCUCCGAUCCCGACCUAGCUCACCGCUGGAUACACCGGACUCUACAUCCAAGGACACUCCGUCCACGCGGCAAUCGGACAUUUCCGAGAACGACAACUUGCAGAUCAACAUUGAUAUCAAGGACGCCGAUAUGCCCGAAGCCUGGUUGAACAUGACCGGCGACGCACUCCCUCUUGACUUGAUGCUUUCCCAAGACAUUGAAGCACUAGGUGUCACGUUGCCUGCAAUGGACAACGACGACAUGAUGCUGUUCUACCCCGACAGCGUGAUGAUGGACCUUGACAGCAUCGACAAGGCUAUGGACAGCAUGGGAGGGAUGCCUGGCAUCUCUGUCUAA